AUGUAUCCAUGUUCAUGUGACACUUUUGUGGCUCUUCCCCCAUCCACCGAAGGACACCGGAUCAUUUUUGGAAAGAACUCCGACCGGCCUUGUGAUGAAGUCCAAGAGGUGGUUCAUUUCCCUGCUGCAGACUAUGAGCCGGGGUCGAAGGUCGAGUGUACUUACAUCGAGAUAGAUCAAGUUGCUCACACUUAUGCAGUAGUUUUGAGCAGACCGGCAUGGCUAUGGGGUGCAGAAAUGGGUGCAAACGAGCACCAAGUUUGUAUUGGAAAUGAGGCUGUGUGGGGAAGAGAGAGUGCCGAUGGUGAGGAGGCUCUUCUCGGCAUGGAUCUUGUCAGGCUUGCACUUGAGAGGGCAGACACUGCUGAGAAAUGUGUAAGCAUCAUAGCCGAGCUCUUGCAGAAACACGGCCAAGGAGGAGCUUGCUUAGAAGAACAAUGCGACUUUACAUACCACAACAGCUUCUUGAUCUCUGACCGGAAGGAGGCUUGGGUGAUGGAGACCGCCGGGAAGUAUUGGGCUGCAGAAAAAGUGGAAGGUGGAUUUCGCAAUAUCUCAAACGAGUACAGCAUCACAACUAAGGUUGACAAAGAACACCCUGACCUGCACAAAUAUGCUCAAAGUAAAGGCUGGUGGGAUGGAAGGGCUCAGUUUAACUUUGCUGCAGUCUACUCCUACAUGAACACCGCCAGAAUUGAAGCAUCUGGGAGUAGAUACUGUGAAGGCAAGAUGAUGUUGCGAAAGCACGAUGGGCACAUCACUGCUCAGACGAUGAUGGACAUCCUAAGGGAUAAAGACAGUGGCAUCAAUAUGGAGGGCAUGUUCAUGACAACGGGCAGUAUGGUUUCAGUGGUACCCGUGGAUCCAGCUCUGCCCGGGGUUCACUAUUUUACCGCUACGCCAUAUCCUGAAAGGUCAGUGUUCAAACCCUUUGUCUUUUUGGAAACCAUGAUAGUGGAACUGAAGGACACCACUUCUCCAAGUUACGGCCGAGAUGACCCAGUAAAAAAGAAGCCUCGCUUCCAGACCAAGCCUGACAGAAAGCACUGCCUGUUCACCAAACACGAGGUGGUGGCUGCUAUUAUUGAGAUGAACAAGGAGCGAGGAGAGCAGAUCAUUCUCUCCAUGAGGAAGUUAGAAAACGAGAGAAUGAGACAGAUGGAGGAGAUUCUUGGUCAUGGAGUCAAGCAGCCUGAUACUUUGCUUGAUCUGUUCUCCGGCUCUGUUCAAGAUGAGUUGCAGUUGUACAGCAAAGUCAAGUAA